CCAACCAUUACCAAAGCAUAAGAAAAGCAAUUUUCAAAAGCAUUUUGCUUUAUACAAAAGCAAACAACUAUAACAACCUCAAUCCCCAGCCACCCUUCCAAAAUCCAACUAAUUGUCCACAUUGUCAUGGCUACCAUGGCUGAAGAGCAGCCGAACCCAUAUAUGGAACCUAGCCCACCGGUGAGGCUUUCUUCUGAGACAGACAUGGCUGGAACUGACACCACGUCAGCCCCUUCAUGGUUCACCCCAAAGAGGUUACUUGUAAUCUUUUGUGUAAUUAAUUUGUUAAAUUAUGUGGACCGAGGAGCAAUGGCAAGCAAUGGUGUGAAUGGGAGUCGCAGAACUUUCACAAAAAGUGGGACAUGCUCAUCUGGCAGUGGAAUUCAGGGGGAUUUUAACCUGAACAAUUUUGAAGAUGGUAUUUUAUCAUCUGCUUUUAUGGUUGGACUUCUUGUAGCUUCUCCAAUCUUUGCAUCCUUGGCUAAGAGUGUCAACCCAUUUAGGCUAAUUGGAGUUGGAUUGUCAGUUUGGACUGUUGCUGCAGUUGGCUGUGGUUUUUCAUUUAAUUUCUGGUCCAUUACAAUCUGUCGCAUGUUUGUUGGUGUUGGUGAGGCUUCAUUUAUAAGUCUUGCUGCUCCAUUCAUUGAUGACAAUGCCCCAGUUGCUCAGAAAACAGCCUGGCUGGCAAUAUUCUACAUGUGUAUACCAUCUGGAAUUGCAGUCGGCUAUGUUUAUGGUGGAUUGGUUGGAGAUCAUUUUAGUUGGCGUUAUGCAUUCUGGGGGGAAGCAAUUUUGAUGCUUCCAUUUGCUAUACUAGGUUUUAUUAUGAAACCUUUGCAGUUAAAAGGUUUUGCUCCUGCUAAAUCAAAGAAAACACAGACAGCUGUAGAGACAAUUGCCCAAGAAGGUCAAGAUACAGAGGCUUUGAAUGGUAAAGAUGGUGCCUUGUCCAUGAAGGCAGAUUCCAAAUAUCAAAGCUCAAAUACACCUUCCGGGUCAACAAUUUCUUCCAAUAAUGUAAACCAGUUCUCAAGAUUUUUUAAAGAUAUGAAAGUUCUUUUGUGUGAUAAGGUGUAUGUUGUAAAUGUUCUAGGAUAUAUAUCUUAUAACUUUGUCAUAGGCGCAUACUCUUACUGGGGGCCAAAAGCUGGUUAUAAUAUUUAUAAUAUGAGCAAGGCAGAUCUGAUAUUCGGAGGGAUUACAAUUGUGUGUGGAAUAUUGGGAACAAUAGCAGGAGGUUGUAUUCUGGAUUUAAUGACUUCUACAAUCUCCAAUGCUUUUAAGCUUCUUUCAACAGCAACAUUUUUCGGGGCAAUAUGUUGCUUUAGUGCCUUUUGUUUUAAGAGCCUUUAUGGUUUCCUAGCUCUUUUCUCAAUUGGUGAAUUACUCGUUUUUGCUACUCAGGGACCUGUCAAUUAUGUAUGCCUCCAUUGUGUGAAACCAAGUUUGCGUCCGCUAUCAAUGGCUAUGUCUACUGUUGCAAUUCACAUUUUUGGUGAUGUUCCUUCCUCACCACUUGUUGGGGUUCUCCAGGUUCGAUGAAUAGAGAGGAAGAAAGAAGAAAGGUCAAUACCACUAAUAAAAGGAAGGCAAAUGCAUGAGGAACUACUUUAUUCCAAUGUCUUUGUAAAGUGGAAAAAUAAAGUACUGUAACAGAAAGCUCAAUACCGCUAAUAAAAGGUAAUGUGCAUUUAUGUCCCUUUCAACUCUGAAACCAUGUGGACAUGUAAAGCGAGCCUUUCAAGUGUACAUGUGCAGUUUGUGGGAAAUUGUUUGAAAAUACCCCUCUGGUGUGAUAAAAUGGAUCUUAGGACUGGGAUAUGUGCCUGCUUAAAGUAGCUCAAACUAGACACAAAUGGGAGAUAUUGCCACUUAGUGAUUCUUUAUAUCUGUUUAUUUAUUUUAGUCAUUCAUUUAACAUAUUUGGGGGAAAUUCUCAGCUAAUAGAGUUUACAGUUUCCUGUUCAUGACUUUGUUCCCAAUUGGAUUGCUUUACGAUUACACAUGUUCAGAUAUGACAUUAAAAGGGUU